AUGGCUACGAAAUUAAAGAAAGGCACGAUAGGGGUGAAGGCAUGGCUAGUGAUAUCAGAAUCAGGUCAAUCGUUUGUAGAGGAAGUCGGGAAGCAUUCGAUAAUGAAGAGGACUGGAUUGCCUGCUCGAGAUUUGAGAGCAUUGGAUCCGGUGCUAUCAUAUCCGUCGUCGAUUUUGGGAAGAGAAAGGGCUAUUGUUGUGAACUUGGAGCAUAUUAGAGCUAUUAUUACAGCGACAGAAGUGCUUAUGAUUAAUUCUAAUAAUCCUUUGAUUGUUCAGUUUGUUGAGGAUCUUCAACAUCGUAUUGCUUUUGGCAAUGUUAAUGCUACGCCCCCACAACAGGCAAUGGGUAAUGGCAGCAAUGAAAUGGGGGAUGCAGCUGACACUGCAUCUCCAACUUAUAAUUCUGUAGAUGUGAAGAGUAGGGAAAUAGCAGGUGAAAGUGCAAAUUCAACAAUGGAUCUUCUAGUAUCUGCUGGUCCCAAGGUUCUUCCGUUUGAGUUCAAAGCACUCGAAGCUUGUCUUGAAUCUGCUUGCAGGUGCCUUGAAUCUGAGACUGAGACAUUGGAGGAAGAGGCAUAUCCUGCUUUGGAUGAACUAACUUCUAAUAUUAGCACACUCAAUCUUGAGCGUGUUAGACAGAUAAAAAGUCGUCUCGUUGCAAUAUCUGGACGUGUGCAGAAGGUGAGAGAUGAACUUGAACAUCUGCUGGAUGAUGACAAUGAUAUGGCAGAAAUGUAUUUGACAGAAAAAAUUUAUGUUCGUGUAGCAGAUCAAACACCUUCUAUAGAAGAAGUAUAUGAUGGUGAACAAGAAAUAGAUCAUGAAAGUGUUGAUGAUUCCAAGUCUGGAGACGACUCUGAAAUCUACACUAGCUCUAAGCUACAUAUUGAGGAGUUGGAGAUGCUUUUAGAAGCCUAUUUUGCACAGAUAGAUGGCAUCUUACAGAAACUAUCCCAUAUGCGGGAGUACGUGGACGACACAGAGGACUUCAUCAACAUAAUGUUGGAUGACAAACAGAAUCAGCUGUUACAGAUGGGAGUGAUGCUUGGUGCUUCCAACUUGAUACUCAAUGCGGGCAUUGUGGUUGUAGGAUUGUUUGGAAUGAACAUUCAUAUAGAACUCUUUGAUGGGAAACCAAUACAGUUCUGGGAGACUGUGAUUGGUGCAUGUGGAGGAUGCUUUGCUUUAUUUUUAGUUGCUUUUGGAUGGGGUAAGAAGAAAAAUAUAUUGGCUCUGUAG